AUGCUCGUUUUCCCAUCUUGUGAACUUCAAGGUUUUUUUUUGUUUGGAGGAGACACUUUGAUGCAUUUCCGUCUCUGGGGCUCUUGUCCAAACACAAUUACCGAUACACACACACACACACACACAGAGUCAAUGUCCAUCCGGAAGUUCUUUAGGAGAAAGGAGAAGGCGUCCAAGGCCAAGGCCGCUACACCACAGACCCAGUCGCCGCAGACAGUCCAUGCCGUUCCGAAACCAAGAGAAUUCCAUGUGGCUAAUAAUAACUCCGCCUCCACUCCUUCUCAACAAUCGCAAUCACAAUCGCAAUCACAAUCACAAUCACGGCUACCACCACAGUUACCAUCAACCGGUGCCCCCAUUCCAGAAGAGUUGCUUCCAGUUAUAACGUUGAUCAACCACCAACAGACAAGAAAAUACUACUCUGGUUCCGCCCUGUACUCGGAAGACGCCCAGAAUUGGAACGAAGCCGCAUUCGACCUGGUGGGUAACGAUAUCUCCAUCCAUUCUGAUUUGGAGGACCCAAUCAUCAUCAACAUUUGCGAUUGCGAAGUCUCUCUGGACAGUCAGAACCCUCUCUUGUUCUCCAUUUCAAUCACCAACAAGUCGGUCAUUUUCUUCCAGCUGCACUCGGAGCAUGAAGUCCCCUCCUUCUAUUCGGCGAUCUUGUUAUGUAAAUUCGAGUACCAGCAUUUGCAACAGGCUUAUACGGGCGCUUUGCUGUCUUCCCAGGCAAUCCACUAUAGUGAUAUCAAAACCCUCCUAUCGCCAAACAACAAAAACAUAAAGGAAGAAUGGUGUGUUGUUCGCUUCCCCUUUUUAAACGAUAAAUGGGUCAGAUGUCUCGUCGUUGUUAAGCCAAACAAUAAGGUGGAAAUCUACUCUUCUUCUUCAAAAACGAAAAAAUGCCUAUUGGCCACUAUAAAUAACGGAAUUUCAACAUACACCAUUUACCCUAACGACCCCUCUCAGAUUCUUAACAACUCUCUCUUGCGAGUUUAUGCACACACCUACAUCAACGAAUCCCUACUCAAUUCAAUCUUGAAUGACGAUACAAAGAGCUCUCUCAAUACAGACUCGAUUAUCUCUAAACCAAAAUCAAAGAGUAGAAGCAGGGCAAAUUCCUUCACUAUCACAAAGAGAUUAUCUUCUCUCUCUCUGAGGUCGCAAGAUUCAGCUCCAUUGUCCUCAACUCCAUCAGGAACACCUUCGAUCAUCUCUAGAAGUAACUCUAGAAGUAAUUCCAGAAACCACCGUAGACUACUAUCAGUCGAUACCUCCUUAUCAAUCGACACAACAGUCUCCGACUCUUCAUUCAGUAACUCAAAAGUCCCAAAAAAACUACACAAGAAAUCUAUCUUGAAAACUCACUUGGUUUACCUGAUCCCGGAAUCCCACCCCAGUGUCAAACCAUGCGAAAUCAUGUUACGCUUGCUGAUCCCCCUGUUGAACUCCUUCACUCUUUAUGGACGUCCAGCAAAGUUCAUUUCUUCGAAAACCGACAAGAAUUCACUACUUUUCGGUUUACCGCAAUUACCAAACACUUACUAUUUGUCCACCAGCUCUGCAGAACAAUUGGUCAGGUUGAACAUGGAUAACGCAAAGAGAGAAAACUGGACAUCCUCAGAUUGGAUUCUCAUACUCAAGGAAUUGCUGGGUAAACUCAUGGAAAAUGGUUGGACCGGAGGUUCCUACGUGGGGGAUUUAGGUGCUCUCAACGUCAACCUACCAGCUAACAGAGGUAAUGAUAAUCGUUUGCCGUCUUAUGAUCCAAUGGAAGAUUUCAUUGAUAGAUCUUCAACGGCAACUUCUGUACUUGCAUGA